AUGACUCAAGCGGAAAAUGCAUGUCGACUAAAAUUACUUCGAGCGGACGUUCCUACGGACUUACUUCCAGCCGGAUGCUCUCCAACUGAUUUGCAACCAGCUGUGAAUGUUAAAGAGAAAAUUGAAGUUAAUGGAAUUUUUUCUCCCAAUUUUUCAGGAGAAUCUCGACUAGUCCAAAAGAAGAAAACGCUCUACCCGGAAUGGGAAAAGUGUUGGGACACGGCAGUUGCAGAAGGACGGAUACUCCAAAUAGUGCUCAUGUUCAACAAUACACCGGUUGUUGAAGCGACGAUGAGACUUGAAGAUAUCAUCUCGAAAUGCAAAAGCGACGCGAUCACACACAUCUGGAUCAAUACUAAGCCAAGUGGACGGAUUUUGGCUCAAACAAGACAUCUGAAGAAUGCACCGGAUGACGAUCACCCUGUAGAGGACAUCAUGACAUCCCGAAGCAACUCAGGUCCUGGAAUUCAACGCCGUAGAGGAGCGAUAAAACAUGCGCGCGUUCAUGAGAUUCGAGGCCAUCAAUUCGUGGCCACUUUCUUCCGACAGCCACAUUUUUGCUCGUUGUGCUCUGAUUUUAUGUGGGGACUCAACAAACAAGGAUAUCAAUGUCAACUGUGUUCCGCUGCUGUGCACAAGAAAUGCCAUGAAAAAGUGAUUAUGCAGUGUCCUGGAAGUGCAAAAAACACCAAGGAGACUAUGGCUCUAAAAGAGAGAUUCAAAGUUGAUAUUCCGCAUCGAUUCAAGACUUAUAACUUCAAAAGUCCCACUUUCUGUGAUCACUGUGGUUCAAUGCUUUACGGUCUUUUCAAACAAGGACUUCGAUGUGACGUUUGUAAUGUGGCGUGUCAUCACAAAUGCGAGAAGCUCAUGUCUAACUUGUGCGGUGUGAAUCAAAAGCAGCUCAGUGAGAUGUAUCACGAAAUCAAGAGAGGUACUCAUGCGACGGCUAGUUGUCCUCCGAAUAUUGCUAAUCUACAUAUUAAUGGAGACACAAAGAGCAAUGGAAGUUUGCCGAAUAAGCUCAAAAACCUGUUCAAAUCUCAUCAAUACAGUGUGGAGGAACAGAAGGAUACAGAUGAGUACAUGGAUAACAUCUGGGGAGGAGGAGAUGGUCCAGUUAAGAAAUUCGCUCUUCCACACUUCAACCUGCUCAAAGUUCUCGGAAAAGGAUCAUUUGGAAAGGUUAUGCUAGUGGAAUUGAAAGGAAAGAAUGAGUUCUAUGCAAUGAAGUGCCUCAAGAAAGAUGUGAUAUUGGAAGAUGAUGAUACAGAAUGCACCUAUAUCGAACGACGAGUUCUGAUCCUUGCCAGUCAAUGUCCAUUCCUCUGCCACUUUAUUGAGUAUCUAUUCUUUGUGAUGGAGUAUUUGAAUGGUGGUGAUUUGAUGCAUCAUAUCCAACAAGUCAAGAAGUUUGAUGAAGCCAGGACGAGAUUCUAUGCUUGUGAAAUUGUAGUGGCUCUUCAGUUCCUUCACACCAACAAUAUUAUUUAUCGAGAUCUCAAAUUGGAUAACGUUCUUCUGGACUGUGAUGGUCACAUCAAACUCGCAGAUUUUGGAAUGGCCAAGACGGAAAUGAACAGAGAAAAUGGAAUGGCGAGUACUUUCUGCGGAACUCCAGACUACAUUAGUCCGGAAAUCAUCAAAGGACAACUCUACAACGAAGCUGUUGACUUCUGGUCGUUCGGAGUUUUAAUGUAUGAGAUGUUGGUGGGACAAUCGCCAUUCCAUGGAGAAGGAGAAGAUGAACUAUUCGAUUCGAUUCUCAAUGAGAGACCGUAUUUCCCAAAAACCAUUUCCAAAGAAGCUGCGAAAUGCCUAUCCGCGUUGUUUGAUCGUAACCCAAAUACACGUCUUGGAAUGCCGGAAUGCCCGGAUGGUCCAAUUCGACAACAUUGUUUCUUCCGUGGUGUCGAUUGGAAGCGGUUUGAGAAUCGACAAGUGCCGCCACCAUUCAAGCCAACUAUCAAAUCCAACUCGGAUGCUUCCAACUUCGACGACGACUUCACAAAUGAGAAGGCUGCGUUGACACCGGUUCAUGACAAGAAUCUUCUGGCGUCGAUCGAUCCGGAGGCAUUCCUUAAUUUCUCUUACACAAAUCCUCACUUCUCAAAGUAG